UCGUAGAGCUUGAUCCGCUCAAAUCACCUCGCUUUCACAAGUUUUCUCACCGAAAAGGCUGAGCAGCGACAAGCUGCUCAUGAGCUUCUUGCGUUGGGUCUAGGCGCGGUGCAACUAGCUCAAACUCUCGUUCUCUCCCUCGUAAAAGAGUGACCCAGCCCGAUCAACUCACACUCUCUUGUGUCAAGGGCCUUCGGUCGUUACAUUGGCUGUCCGUAGCCCUCCUGGUCGGCUACUGCAUUUCUCCAAGCGACAAUUCACCAUACAGCUUUCUGCCAAUCUACGCUUAUCUGGACAACACAAUGCGGGCGAAUCCAAACAUACAAUUUGACAUCGUUGCUGAAGAAUCUCUUGUCAAUAUUGUGGGGGACUAUCUUGUAGGUGUCGUAGGUGUCGAGGGCAAAGACCUCUUCUCCAAGUGGGAAGUCUUCGCCGAGUAUGUCUAUUUCCUUCCCGUGCUUCGCCGCGAUGACCAGAUGGAAACAAUUGCGGGCGCAGGUACGAUACUGCUUCCUGUUGACUUGGGAAACGAAGUUGAAGGGGUUGGUUGCUGAGGGUGUGCCGACUGGGACAGAUUUGAAAGCCGUCUUGACAGAGAUGUGCUCCGAAGAAGGCAACGGCGUAGAAGAUAUGGCUGCAGGGGUCAACCGUUCGUUGCCUGACACUACUUCUCCAGAACCCAAGCGCCAGGCUGUGAAUCGUGAGACGCAGGCCGAGCCAGAACGAGACGUGAUGAUGGUAGAUCAAGGCACCGAGAUGGAUGAACGUCCUACGGUGACAAAGGAUCUGGGAACCCAGACCAACACCCGCAUGAGCCUCGAAGAGUGGGUCGCUUCGUACAAAGUUAAGAGCACACCACGUCUCUCCGAUUCUGACGCAGGCUCCACUACUGAUACUACCACUCAGAAUCAACCCCAAAGCACACCAGGCCCCUACUCUGGUUCGAUCUCUGAGGUUGCCAAGGCGUCUCCCUAGACUCCAGUUUCUACAGCCUUGACCGCAGCACAGCUCAAAGCCCGUCGUAACUGAUCCACCAACCUCUCGCGGAGCAUCCAAGGCCGGCAAGGUGAGAUACGAGAGAUGAAGGAUAAGAACGAGCAGCAGCAGACACUAAUGCAGAAGCUUCUACGUGCCAGCGGACCACAGAACGACUUGGUUCGAAAGAUGACUGCUGAAU